AUGGGUGUUCGCUGCUUUUCUACUUCGGCUUUCCGAGCAGCAGGCACUUUUCGGAUUUCUCAGGCGACGCGACAGUAUGGAAUACGCCGGUCGAUAAACCCAAGAACUAGAGACCCCGCUGCUAGUAAUAAGGAGUUGAGCAAAAAUUAUGCUCCAUUGUUUUCGCGUUCAUUUACGGUGUCAGGCUCACAAUAUGACUCCCCCACCAUCGUGCGCGUUCCCAUAAUGGCCGAAUCCAUCACCGAGGGAACUCUUACUCAGUUUACCAAGAAGGCUGGCGAGCCUAUUAAACAGGAUGAGGAGAUAGCCAUCAUCGAGACUGACAAGAUUGAUGUUUCAGUGAAUGCUCCGUAUGCAGGAGUCAUUCAACACUUGCUUGUUGCCGAAGGUGAUACCGUUACCGUUGACCAGGCCAUUGCGGAACUCGUACCCGGAGGAGAGCAAUCUGGAGCAGAGAAGAUUCAAGAAAGCAGCGAGGGGAGACUAAGCCGCUCGCCUAAUCAUUUCCCUGAGCCAUACGUGGAAGAAUAUAGCCAUACUACCGGCCCACCGCCAAUAUCACAGCGUGAAGUGCCGAUUUCUGAAGUCCCAGCGGUCCCACAGCCCGAGACCCAACCAAGAUCCUCUGUCGUAACUUCAGAUACCGAGAUGGAUUCUAUGAUAAGUAAACCUAGCCGGAGAGAGAACAGAGUGAAAAUGACUCGGAUACGUCAAAAGACGGCACAGCAUUUGAAGCAAUCGCAGGAAAAUGCUGCGUUUUUGACAACAUUCAACGAAGUUGACAUGUCCAAAGUCAUCCAAUUGCGGGAGGGGUACAAGGACAGGGUGCAGGAGAAGCACGGCAUUAAACUCGGCUUCAUGGGCAUUAUGGCAAAAGCAUCCGUCCUUGCCUUGAAAAAGAUUCCUGCCGUAAACUCGUCCCUUGGACAUGGUGAUACUAUUAUAUAUCGAGACUAUGUCGACUUGAGUGUUGCAGCAUCAAUUCCGAAGGGCCUUGUGACGCCCGUGCUUCGAAACAUCGAGUCUAUGAACAUUGUAGAGAUUGAGAGGGGGAUGUCACAGCUCGUUGCCAAGGCGCGAGACGGAAAGCUUACGCUGGAUGAUUUGGUAGGUGGAAGCUUUACAAUCAGUAACAGCGGUAUUUGGGGAUCUUUAUUCGGUACCCCAAUCAUCAAUAUGUCCCAGACCGCAGUCUUAGGAACUUAUGGAAUUUAA